AUGACCAUUGGAAGUUUGCCACCAUUUCCACUGGUUUGUCUCAAAUCAGCCGACUUUUCGGACACACAAGAGGUUGUCAAGGGAAAAAACACAAUCAUUGACUUUUGGACCACUAAAUGCACGAGGUGUCCCGAUGCUUUAGACAAACUUGACGAUAUGGCCCAAGACCCGAAAUACGGAAAUGUGCAAUUCGUUUCCAUUUGCUGCGACAAACUCGAUGGGGCUCGCGACAUUAUUGAUCGAGAAUCGGAAGAGCGAUGGCAAAACGUCAACCACUAUUUCAUGGAACAAAAGCACAAGGAACAAGCCAAGAAAUUGCUUGGUUUUAGACAAGUUCCGUUUUAUGUGGUCUUGGACGAACAUGGUGACAUUACCCAAAUGGGAAAUCAUCGGGCCAUUGAUUUUGAUGAAGUUCCAGGAGUCGUCCGUCCCGAGCCUUCUGUUUCGUCCAUGGAAGAAGAAAAGGAAAACAUCUUUGAACAAGUAUUGGGAUUCGAUGAAGUGGACUUUGAUUUGGACUUUGCCAAUCGAUGCAAGCUUGAAUCAAAUAAUAGUGGAUUCCAAACACCCACCGUGCAAGUGGAGCGAGUCUUUGAAAUUGAUGACGACUUUUGA